UGUCAAAGUCGAACAAACAAAAAUUUAACACAAAUAAACAUGUAUUAUUUUUAUUUUUAAAAUUUUUCUAUUUAUAUUUGAAUAUUUUUCCAUUUAAUACGAUUCUAGGUGAAAAUGGACAGUGACUUAAAAAUAAAAUCCAGAGAUUUUCCAAAUAUAUGUAGAGUUUGUCUGAUAUCUGGAGACCUAAAGCCUCUUUUGGAUGGUAAACUCUUCCAAAUAUUUACGGCAAUUAGUGAAAUUGAGAUUCUUCCAGUGGAUCCUUUACCAAAAAACAUCUGCAUUACAUGUACAAGGUAUCUGGAAGAAAUUAAAAGGUUUGCAGAUAAAUGUAAGGCAAAUGAUGCUAUCCUUAAAUUAGUAAUAGUAAAUGAAGAAAGGGAGCAGUUAAAAAUUAAGGAGAUAAAUGAUGAUCUAUCCAGUGAUAAAUAUUUGAUUGACUCAGAAAAUGAUAGUCAAGAUGCAUUUAUCGAAAAUGAUAUGGAUAGUACAUAUGAAGAUGAUCCCGAUUUUGAACUGAAGGAAGAGACAAAAGAGCAAGUGGCUCAAGAAAAUGAACCAUUGAAGAAAAAGAGAGGGAGAAAAAAGAAAACCGAAUUAACAACAAAAAGUAAAAGAUCAGUUCCAGUAAGAAGAAAACUAAGAUCAAUCAAAGCUGCAGAAGAAUCAGAUGAAGAAGAAGAAGAUGAGGAAAAAUCAAACAGUGCCAUUCCAGCUUGUAAAGCGUGCGGUGGUACAUUUACCAGCAAAACCAAAUUGUGUUCACAUUAUAAAGAAAAUGUUAACUGUAGACCCAAGAGUUUCAAACUUCAUAAAUGUGAAGUGUGUGAAAAAGAGUUUUCAACAAUAAGGCGCCGUAAUGAGCACAUGAAUAUUCAUACCGGCGAAACCCCAUACAUAUGCAAUUACUGCGGCAAAGGUUUUCAAAUGUAUCCGGCCCAUUUUAAACACGUUUACCGCCACAGACUGGCUUUGGGAGAGGUAGAGCUGAAGCCCGGAUAUGUUGAAAAUAGAGUGAGGUUAAAUCUGAAAUGCGAUCUUUGUCCAAAAGUGUUCGCCAGCAGGUCUGGCUUUGCAAAUCACAAACUAUUUCAUCAGGGGAUCAAAAUACAAUACAAAAAACGACCUAAAAAAGAAGUUGAAGAAGGACCUAAAGAAAAAAAUUACCUUUGUAACUAUUGUGCCAAGAGCUUUAGAACAAAAGCUCAGUUGGAAGCCCAUAUACGAGGGCACACGGGAGAAAGACCAUUCGCAUGCGCUUACUGCCACAAAUUCUUUAAAACAAAAGCCGCCCUCAAAAUCCACGAAAUGAACCAUCUUGGUACCACUCCGCAACGAUUUAAGUGUGAGGUUUGUAGUAAACCGUUUUCGCUGAAAGCCCACUACGAAGUACAUAAAAGGACGCAUACCGGAGAAAAACCCUAUUUUUGUGACUUCUGCGGCAAGUGUUUUAACUAUAGAGGUACUUGGAGGAUACAUCUUAGAAUGCAUACUGGCGAAACUCCUUACGCCUGCCCGGUAUGUAACAAUCGGUACCACGACAAAAGCAGCUUAAACAAGCACCAAAAGAAAAAGGGGCAUUUAGGGGAACCGAUAAAACAGGAGAAACUCCUUCUCUAAAGUGUGAUAUUAAUUUUAGUUGUGAUCUCAAAUAGUUCGUAUUUAUUUUAACCCAACUUUGUACUGUUUAAUAGAUAUAUUAGGUUAUAAAGUGAUUAGUUAGAGAGUUUCUUGAGAUUGAGGCUCUAUUUUGCCAAUCAACGAAUUUAUAUACUUUUUGGUUUAAUUGUGUUUUGUACCAGUUUUAUAGAGCAAACUAGAAUGUUUUCAAAUAGGGUAGGCUAAUUUUUAUUUAUUGCAAAAUAUCAUAUUUUAACUUGUGGUGUUUGGAUGAACCAGAGGAAAAUAUAUAUUUCUUUUUUUUACAAUUGAUAUUCUCACGUAGCAUCGAAAAUAUUUAUAUAUUAUAUAGAUAGUUUCCUCUAUUUUAAAGUGUCAAUUUUCUUUAUAUUAUAGGUUAAAAAUAUU